GUGAUUUUCGGGCACCGUCGGUCUUUAAAAUCGGUGUCUAUAUGCCCUGGUCUGUAUAUGCACUGCAGCUUUUUAUUUCGACACUCGCUAUAUCCCUGGGGCUAAGAACAACAAUUUAGGCGCCAAAUCAACUCUAAUGGCCGGCUCUUCAUCUUCGUCGGCGCCGCCGUCUCAAUCUCCGGCGUCCGGCGCUUCUAAAUUCCUCGCUAAUCUCCCCAAUCGCGGCCUCUUAUCCUCAUCCACUGUCUACUCCACUAAUCCGGGUGGUAUGCGUGUCUACAUAUGCGAGCAUGACACAUCACCGCCAGAGGACCAGCUGAUAAAGACAAACCAGACUAACAUACUUAUAAGGUCUCUUGUUCUUAAGAAACGGAAGGUAGAUUCAAAUUUAAAAGAUGGAAAGGCUGUUUCUGUUGCUGAGAGUUCUAGAAAGAGGGCUCCAGAGAGGACUUUGGAGGGAAGAACUUCUUCUAAGAGGGGUGUGUCGAAUACCCACUCUCAACCAGAGGGGUCUAGGUCUCGUGCACCUGAAAAGGAUCUGCAGAGUUUGACUGUGGAAAGACUUCGUGCAAUUCUAAGAGAAAAAGGUCUUUCAGCAAAGGGGAAAAAGGAUGAAUUGAUUGCACGCUUGAGAGCUGCAAAUGGCUAAAUCAUGUUUCUAGAGGGUCGAGCGGAGUACAAAUUGUACACUCUUCAAAUGGAUAAUUAAUGUCUAUAAAACUUAUUCUGCUAUCUGGAUUUGUGCAACUUCCAAAGCAAGAGGAAUGUAGAUUUUUAAUGUCCAUUUGAUGUGAGUUAUUUAUUAGUAUGCUUUUUAGACUGUGUCGAGUUAUGUGAUCUCCAUAAUGGAGUAUUCUCUAGCAGUGGAUUGCAACUUUAGCACAAUAAUUUUAUCAUAAACUUAUGUACUGAGCACUGGGUCUUUUUAUGCUUGGUUUCUGACA